AUGGAGGAGCGGGAGGAGCGGCAGCGGCAGCCGUGGCGCAACUGCAGGAGCGUCACCAGUGAGGACGACGCCUGCAUCUGCGGCGCCAGCUUCGCCCAUCUCGUGCCAGAGGGCCACACCUUCCAGACCGCCGCAACCACAGCGUACAACAAGCUCUCCAAGGACGACCCCCUCCGCGCUCACUAUGAGGCGAUCUGGCCAGAGCUGGUGGCUUCCCAGAAAGCAGCAGCCGCACCACCAGUCGGACCCAAGGCAGUGGAAGCUGCAGCCAGACGACUGGACAAGUUCCAGAGGAAGGUGCGAGCAGCAGGUAAAGCGGUCGAAUGCGCCAAGCAGCAUCUGGCAGACAGUGAACGCAAGCUGGACGAGGCAACAGAGCAGGUAAUCGCAGCAGAGGAGGAGUUCGACACGCUCAAGGCCCAAGUCAACAGGCCAGACCCAGAACCAGCUGGCACAGCAACAGCCGACAAUCCCGUCCUGGCCGCCCUCCUGGAGCAGUGUGAGAAAGAGCCCGACGACUUCCACAAGUGGGCAGAGCCAGAGAAAGAAGUCUGGCGGGCAGCGAAAGCGAAGGGCGAAGCCAUGGCCAACAAAGUCAGGGAGCAGGAGGCGGAGACGGCAAAGCACCUGCAGUACAUGGCGGAGGAGACGGCCAAGCACCAGGAGCAGCUGCGGCAGAUUGAGCAGGCCCGCCUAAAGCGCCAGCCCGAAGCAGCAGCAGACCAGGCAGAACGCUCGAAGGGCUCGCCAGAAAAGAGGCCCUGUCCGAGCCCAGCGCCGCAGCGAGAGUCCGCAGGGAAGUCGGCGGGUGCAGGAGCAGCAGCCUCGGCCAGGCCCGCCGGCACCGCGGAGGCAACGGCCACGAGCGAAGCAGCCAAGCCAGACACGGGUGCAGGCAGCAAAGACGAACAACGCCGAGCCAGAGCGGAUGCACACACCGAGCAGGCGAGGGACAAGGCUGCCCAGGCCAAGCGAGCCGAG